CUGGCCGGACGCGAUAUGGCAUGGUGGCCGAUUGGGGCGUCUCUAUUUGCCAGCUGUGAGGGCUCAGGUCUGUUCAUCGGUCUGGCUGGGACGGGAGCAGCAGGAGGAAUCGCUGUAGCGGGUUUUGAAUGGAACGCCACUUACGCUCUACUCGCUCUGGCCUGGCUCUUUGUUCCGGUCUACAUCUCCUCAGGGAUUGUCACUAUGCCAGAGUACCUUGGCCGUCGGUUUGGAGGAGAGAGGAUCCGGACCUACCUGGCUGUUCUCUCACUGCUGCUGUCUGUCUUCACCAAAAUAUCAACUGACUUGUAUUCAGGAGCCCUGUUUGUUCAAGUGUGCUUGGGCUGGAACCUCUAUCUCUCCACUGUUCUCAUGCUGGUCGUCACUGCUCUCUACACAAUUGCAGGUGGUCUUGCUGCUGUCAUCUACACGGACACUUUGCAGACGUUUGUCAUGAUAAUGGGAGCCAUUAUUCUGACUAUUACUGCCUUUAAUAAAAUCGGUGGCUUUGGAAACCUGGCACAGGCAUACAGCAUUGCAAUCCCACGAAAGAUCAUUCCCAACAGCACGUGCCACCUCCCCCGGGCAGACGCCAUGCACCUCUUCAGGGACGCUGUCACUGGAGACCUGCCCUGGCCUGGCAUGACUCUGGGACUCACCAUACUCGCCACAUGGUACUGGUGCACUGACCAGGUGAUUGUUCAGAGGUCCCUGUCUGCCAAGAACAUGAGUCACGUGAAAGGAGCAUCCAUCCUGGCUGCGUAUCUGAAAUUUCUGCCCUUUAUUUUCAUCAUCCUGCCGGGCAUGAUCAGCCGUGCGCUCUAUCCAGAUUCCGUUGGAUGUGUGGAUCCAGAGGAGUGUGUCCGUGUGUGUGGAGCCGAGGUGGGGUGCUCCAACAUCGCCUAUCCCAAAUUGGUCAUUGAACUCAUGCCUAGUGGUCUGAAGGGGCUGAUGAUCGCUGUGAUGAUGGCCGCGCUCAUGUCCUCACUGACGUCCAUCUUUAACAGCAGCUCUACUUUAUUCACCAUGGACAUCUGGAAGAAACACCGACCAGCUGCUUCAGAGAAAGAGCUACUGCUGGUGGGAAGGAUUGUGACAGUCAUCCUGGUGGUGGUGAGUGUGGUGUGGAUCCCAAUCCUCCAGUCGGCCAACAGCGGACAGCUUUACGUGUACAUCCAGUCUGUGACUAGUUACCUGGCUCCACCGGUCACUGCUGUCUUUACGCUGGCUGUGUUCUGGAAGAGGACCAAUGAGCAGGGGGCAUUCUGGGGCCUGAUGGUGGGCCUGGUGGUGGGCGUGUGUCGGAUGGUGUUGGAGUUUGCGUUCCCUCCUCUCAGGUGUGGGUUGGAGGACUCUGCUCCGUCCGUGCUCAGAGACGUGCACUACCUCCACUUCGCCAUCCUCCUGUGUGGCCUCACCGCGGGGGUCGUGGUGGUGGUGUCUCUGGUGACUCCGCCCCCCAGCCAGGAACAGUUGUUCAAUUUGACCUGGUGGACCAUCACAGAGCCCCCACCCAGAGACAUUCCCUUGCAGAAAGUGUCCUCUGUCAGCCACCGUAGCUCUCAAGGUAAGAAUCUGGAUACGCGGGGCCCAUGUGGUCUGGGGCCCACUUCGUGCAUGGGGAGAGGCUCUGAACAGGCCCCGGCCCCCAGAGUGCCCAGUGUGAAAGAAAGCGUCUUCUGGUCCCGCUUCUGCUGUGCUAAUGCUAUCCUCCUGGUUAGCGUUAACAUAUUUCUCUACGCUUACUUCGCCUGACGACAAGGAAAAAUCUGUUUGUAGUUUGAAAUGUGCAGAUUAUAUUUAGACUUAGACUAACUUUAUUGAUCCACAAGGGAAAUUACUUAGAAAACAAGGGAAAUUACUUGCGAUGUAUACAGUUUUUUAUACAGUUUUUUUUUCCACAUGUUCAUACUGAGACUGGCAGUACAGACAUUUUAGUUGAAUAAUUUAUUGAAUACAGUUUUUGAAGUAAAUACUUUUUGAAUUUAUUAAUCAAAAAAGGGAUGAAAGUAGACUAUGGAGGACCACUAAGUCUCUUACUAUUUAAAAAAAAUAAAAUAAAAAGAACCUGUAUUGCCAGAGCCUUAACCUUCAGACAGAGGAUACAUACAAGUUUGUCUCAGUUUAUGGACAGGCCUCGCGUGAAAGCUCAGAACCUCCAGAAUUCCCUCACUGAGCUGUAGAGGCUGCACUAGCACUGAGCAUUGAUUGCCUGCAGAUGCCGGGGUUUAGAUAGAAACCAUUCAGAUCAGAGAGAGGCGUUUUAGGUUUAAACCAACUGGAUUUCAGCACUGAAACUGGCAACUGAAAUAAGACUCAUGAUUUCUGAUUGAAUCAUCUUCUAAAAUACCAAAUUACAACUUUAACAAUAUGCCCAAUGUUUUUGAAAUUAAAAACAAAACUGAAUUAUAACUCUUAUUGAUUGAGAGAGAUAUAAUUAUUGUUAAGAAAAAGAGAGAGAGACUUUUUGUUUAUUUGUUGUACGUGUUUUUGUCCGAAUGUCACAUGUUAGGAUACUUAGCCUGGACAGAGAGAGAAAGAGAGAGAAUAAACAGAGAGGAAGAGAGAGAGACAGCAGGGUAGAGAGAGAAAAAACUGUAUCUCCAACAGGAAAUACAUGCCUGCCAAAAAAGGAAAAAAGAAAAACUUGCCUGCUACACCCAAAAAGAGCAAAAACAACAGUGGACUGCAUUGACAUGCAUCGAGUCUUAAUCAGAGCGCACAUUCCUGAUAGUUCCGGAACCCAGACUAAUACAGGAGAUAUGACUUUAAUAGGAGUGUCCUUGUUUAAUGAGCAAAUACUUUGACCUAGUUUUUCUGACAUGAAUUAUUAUCCAGUGUGUACUGUGCCCUUAAGCUAGUCUUGAGGCUACUUUCCAA